UCUUGAGGUUUCGCCCAUAGGCCGCGGGGAGGUAACGCCUUUCGGGGAUUAUGCCAUUUCUCUCCUAGGCUCUCUGAGGUCUUUCCUUGAAUUCUUCCUUGAGUUGUUUUCCCUCCCCGGGCCGCCGCCCUCGUCGUAGAAUGACUUCAAGGAGGCACAUCUUUUCCAGCCAAAACGAGAAAGAAAGGCUUUGUUUAUGUCGCUAAGGGUGGAUCCAAAUUACUCAAAAAGGAAAAAAAAAUAUGGUUCCACCCGAACGUCACCGGUGUGGAAGCUGAAAUGCUCCUCAUGGAAAGGGGCUACGACGGUUCAUUCCUGGCCCGCCCCAGCCGGUCGAAUCCGGGGGACUUCACCCUGUCCGUGAGGAGGAACAACGAGGUGACUCACAUCAAGAUACAGAACACGGGCGACUUCUAUGACCUGUACGGCGGCGAGAAGUUCGCCACUCUCUCGGAGCUCGUCCAGUUCUACAUGGAGAACGAGGGCCAGCUCCGGGAGCGUAACGGCGAGGUGAUCGAGCUCAAGUUUCCACUCAACUGUGCCGAUCCGACGACUGAAAGGUGGUUUCACGGUCAUCUUUCCGGCAAAGAGGCUGAGAAGCUUAUACUUGAAAAGGGGAAAAACGGCAGCUUCCUAGUCCGAGAGUCGCAGAGCAAACCGGGCGACUAUGUCCUCUCGGUCCGCACCGAGGACAGGGUCACGCACGUGAUGAUCAGAUGUCAGGACAACAAAUACGACGUAGGGGGAGGCGAGAAGUUCCACAGCCUCAGUGAGCUGAUCGAGCACUACAAGAAGAACCCGAUGGUCGAGACUAGCGGUACGGUCGUCCACCUCCGGCAGCCUUUCAACGCGACCCGGAUUAACGCGAGCGGGAUCGAUUCGCGCGUACGAGAACUCCAGAAGGAGAACUCGCAAUGGUCUGGGAAAGCAGGCUUCUGGGAGGAGUUCGAGUCCCUCCAGCAGCAGGAGUGCAGGCACCUUUUCUCCAGGAAGGAGGGACAACGGCCCGAAAACAGGAACAAGAACCGAUACAAAAACAUUCUUCCAUUCGAUCAUACAAGGGUGAAAUUGAAAGAUGCCGAUCCGAACGAACCCGGUUCUGACUACAUCAACGCCAAUUAUAUCAAAGGAGACGAUGACCCGAACGGCAGGGUGUACAUAGCGACCCAGGGCUGCUUGCCGAACACUGUCGUCGACUUUUGGAAGAUGAUCUGGGAGCACAACACCCGCGUUAUCGUCAUGACGACCAAAGAGACCGAAAGGGGAAAGAACAAAUGCGCCCGGUAUUGGCCGGAUGAGGGCGAGUCUGUCGAAUACGGCCGUGUCAAAGUCGACAGCGUGUCUACAGUCUCGACGACUGACUACACCCUGAGGGAGCUAAGCGUGACGGACGGCUCGGAGACGAGGACCGUCUACCACUACCACUUCCAAGGUUGGCCGGACCACGGCGUGCCCAACGACCCAGGAUGCGUGCUCAACUUCGUCCACGACGUGAACCAGUGCCACGAAAGCACCGGCUACACGGGCCCGGUCGUAGUACACUGCAGCGCCGGCAUCGGCCGUACUGGCACCUUCAUCGUCAUACACAUCAUACUCAACUACAUCAACACCCAUGGUGUUGACUGUGAAAUCGACAUCCAGAGGACGAUACAGAUGGUGAGGGCGCAGAGAUCGGGCAUGGUACAGACGGAGGCUCAGUACAAGUUCGUCUAUCUCGCCGUGCAGCACUACAUCCAGACGCUUUCACAGCGUAUCCUGGCUGAACAGAAGUGCCUCCAGGCUGGACGUGAGUACAGCAAUAUCAAAUACUGCAAUGAUUCGCCCACGAUGCCUGUACCAGUGACGCGCAAGUCUCCCGUCGACCUGCCGAGGCCGCCAGAAGAGAUUCCGAAGCAGAUAUACGAGAACAUACCGGUGAAGGAGCGUAAGGCAAGCGGCCCGGUCCCACCACCAAGGCCGAGCAAGUAGCGCGUACAAGUUCACGGUGUAUAGCGAGUUAGUACAAAAAAAAUUGAACAAAAAACAGGCUUUUUUUAACUGUAAUGUGAUAUCUGAAAAUCUCUCGUUUUUUUUCCCUUCGUGUCUCGGUUUUUCGGUUCCCCCCCCCCAAUGCCCUGCAUCCGACGGGGCAGAUCAAGGGAGAGAAAAAAGAAAAAAAUUAAUGUGAUAAGAUUAAUAUUAAUAUGCAUUAUUUAAAUAAAUGUUAAAAAAAAUAAAAAAUAA